UAUUUGACCAACAACAACUUGGGUGAGCUCGCACUCCAGCUUGGCCGUUCAGUGUGGUUCAGACGCUCCACUCCGUUUUUCUUCUAUACGCGCAAAAAACACCAACACUUAAGCAGCCAUGGAUGCCAUCAAGAAGAAGAUGCAGAUGCUCAAGCUCGACAAAGAGAAUGCUUUGGACAGAGCUGAGCAGGCUGAGUCGGAUAAGAAAGCGGCGGAGGACAGAAGCAAACAGCUUGAGGAUGACUUGGUGGCACUGCAGAAGAAGUUGAAAUCGACAGAGGAUGAGUUGGACAAAUACUCUGAGGCCUUGAAGGAUGCCCAGGAAAAACUGGAACUGGCUGAGAAGAAAGCCACAGACGCUGAGGGUGAUGUGGCCUCCCUGAACAGGCGCAUCCAGCUGGUUGAGGAGGAGUUGGACCGUGCCCAAGAGCGUCUGGCCACGGCUCUCACCAAGCUGGAGGAAGCUGAGAAGGCUGCUGAUGAGAGCGAGAGAGGCAUGAAAGUCAUUGAGAACAGGGCGAUGAAAGAUGAGGAGAAGAUGGAGCUGCAGGAGAUUCAGCUGAAGGAGGCCAAGCACAUCGCUGAGGAGGCUGACCGCAAAUACGAGGAGGUGGCCCGUAAGCUUGUGAUCAUUGAGAGUGAUUUGGAACGUACAGAGGAGCGCGCAGAACUGUCUGAGAGCAAAUGCUCUGAGCUUGAGGAGGAGCUCAAGACCGUACAGAACAACCUGAAGUCUCUGGAGGCUCAGGCAGAGAAGUACUCGCAGAAGGAGGACAAGUAUGAGGAGGAGAUCAAGGUUCUUACAGACAAGCUGAAGGAGGCCGAGACCCGUGCUGAGUUCGCCGAGAGAUCAGUCGCCAAGCUUGAGAAGAGUAUCGAUGACCUGGAGGAUAAACUUGAUCGUGCUAAAGAAGAGGACCAGAGUGCAAGGCAGUUGCUGGAUCAGACUCUCAAUGAGAUCUGUAACAUUUGACCCCCAACAUGGUGACUGACUGUGGCGCAACAUGGCUGCCAUAAACACAAGAUGCGUUUGUAUCUCCUCAGACCUCAAUAAGAAACAAGCUACUGUAGAUGAGCACUGUAACCACAUAGCAUUCACUGUAUGUCUUUAUUGUUGAAAAAAUAAGCACUUUUUUCCCAGCCAAAAUCAUAUCAUGUGGUUGAUCAGCUAUGAUCAAGCCAAGGAACCUUUUAUUGAAUAUUUUUGUAGUUAGUUUCUUUUUGUUUGUUUGUUUACCCCUUAAACAACAAAAAAAACCUGUUACCUGAAUGUACACAAUAUAUUUGCACUCAUUUUUUGUUUCAUUGUUUAGCUGUUUUCUGUCAUACCAAUUUUAUGAUCAUGGAAAUGUUAAGAUCAUAAAUAAAUUGUUAAAUGAAGUAUAUUUGUUUGUUCAUGUAUGACCAUGUUUGACGAUCCAGUCCAUUAAUAGAAUGCUUCCUUACUAGUAACGUCCCAGUCUGACAUUUCUGUAAACUAGUUGGACUUGGACAUUUUGGUGCUACUAGUUGGGUCCAGGAGCCGAGAAGGGUUUGAUACAUGACACAUUUCCACUUGUUGGGCGUGCCUAGUAGCCUUUUACAAGCAAAGUUUGCAAUAAGUGGCCAAAUGUGGCACACUUGAAUCAUGUUACCCGGGUAACAUGACUUGAUGAGGACAAAGAGGGUAUAGAACCAAUAUGGAUAAAUGAUAAACAAAUAAAUAAAAGCAUUUAUGGAUAAA